AUAGGUCAGGACAUUAUUAGCCAAGUUAAGACCAGCUAGUCUAUGGCUGUCUGUGAUUUCAUAUUUCUUAUUUUUUCUAUGAUGAAUUUGUGUGUAAAAACGAACUGUUGAACGGUAAUCAUAUAAUAUUUUGUGUUGUACGUAAAGUUGUCUCGUAUAGGCGAUUUUUAUAAACACCGAAAAUGGAUUCAAAACAUGAAAAACAAUACAUUUUCAAUAUGAACUUGGCAAGAAUUAUGGGCUUAUAUCAAAUUUUAACUCCAACUUCCACUAAAAUUUGUGGCUACAACAUAUAUCACACUGUUAUUGUGGUUUUUGGAUCAUUUAUGCUCGCCAUAUCGAUGUUGUUUCCAAUUGGUUUGCUUUAUUUAAGAAAUGAUAUAAUUGCGCUUAUGUACUACAUGGGUUGCAUAAGCAAUUUUGUAUUAUCCAGUUACAAAAUGGGUAAUAUUCUUUAUUAUUCCAAGGAUAUAUGGAAAUGCAUUGACGUCACAAGCUUUUACUUUAUUUCAUACAAACACUACGAUAGAAAUGUAUUUAAAAAAUGGCAAACACGAUCUAUACGAGUUACUUACUUAUAUAUUGUAAUAGCGUUAUUCGCUUUUUUUUGUUGGAUUUUUAGUCCAUGCGUCAUGAAUAAAUCUAUCAUUACUAUUAGAAAUAUUGACGGUUCAUACAGUAAAUACCGAAUGAAUAUUUUUAAUAUAUAUUUAAUAGCAUCGCAUGAAACAUAUAACACGUAUUUUUACAUAUUUUAUAUUAUUGAAAUAAUAGUUAGUGUUUGCUAUGUAUAUUUCACUAUAAUAUUUGAUGUUUUAAUGCUUCUGAUAUGUUUUGCAAUAUCUUACCAACUGGAAACAAUUAGUAAUACAAUCGAAUCAUUUGGCUACGAAAAAUGUACGCAGAAUAAUAUCAGCAAUGGUAAUUCAAUGCAAUUAGAGAAGAAAUGUGACAUAAUAUACAAUGAUUUAAUAACGAUAUUGGCAGACCACCAAAACGUUAUAAAAAAGUUAAAGGAUUUUUAUAACAUGUUCCGGUUAGUAACGCUAACUCAAAUAUUUAUAGCUUCAAGUUCACACGUAUUUAUUUGGUCUAUAGCUGCAAUGAGCACUGAUGGAGGUGAUAAUGCAGAUUCAAUAUUGUCAUUUAAGCUAUUCAUUGUACUCCCUCUUAUAAAUUUUCAAUUAUUUAUGACUUGUAGUUUAUUUGGAACUAUAAAUGAAAAAAAAGAUUCGAUCAUUUUUGCAUUAUAUAGCAGCAACUGGACUAAUAUGGAUUUAAAAACCAAAAAAAUUAUUUUGUUUGGUUUGAUAAUAAAUAAUGCCAACCAGUUAAAAAUGAAGUUUACGAAUACCAAAAUUGUUAACUUGGAAAUGUUUAGUCAUACGAUGCGUUUUUGUUAUUCAAUAUUUUCAAUGCUAAUAAAUUAUAAUAAUAAAAAUAAAAUGAAUUAGAAUUUUAAUUGUUUGAUAAUUUACUUUAAUUGAAUAAAGCGUAAUUGUGGAAUUUACAUAUUAUACCCACAGGGCACAGAUUUCUACAUAGCAAACUCCCGCUAUCACACUUGAUCUAUAAAUCGACUACCUAUAAAUAUUAGUGGAAUAUACAUGCUACGACGUGCACGGGAGUGCGUUACGGAUGUGUAUGAUACAAUUAUGCAUAGACCUUUUUUUUACUAUUAUGAUUGCAUGCGUAACCAAACUUAGGUGUCGCUUGUUUACACCAAAAAUUACCUAACCGUUAUGUGCCAGAUUAGAAGAAAUGCCAAUUUUUUUAAUUAUACGAUUUUAAUACUUGGGACUUCUUAUUAUUUUACAUAUUAUACUUAAUUACUAAACACUAAUAAACUUAAUUAGGUAGG